CUCGUGGUUGCGUGUUUAUGUGUCCGUCUGCACGGACCUCCGGCUUUUCUUCCCUGCGCCUUUAGGGCAGAUCCUGCGAAGUUUCUUCCCCCACCCGCCUGCCACUUUGGAGAGAACCGACACGGGAGUGUGUCCCUACGGCUUGCUAAACCCGGUGGGGUUGGCUAAGUAACCCUAAUUGUGGGAAGUUGGGGGCUUCUGAAGAAAUGGAAUUCCCGGACUUAGGACAACAUUGCUGGGAACGGAGCUGCCGACGGCUGGAUUUUCUCCCCCUGAAAUGCGAUGCCUGCCAGGAGCUUUUCUGCAAAGAUCACAUUAUCUACAGCCGACACAAGUGUUCCUCGGCGUAUAAGAAGGAUGUACAGGUUCCAGUCUGCCCCCUUUGCAAUACUCCGGUCCCCGUCAGAAAGGGAGAGACGCCCGAUGUAGCUGUGGGGGCCCAUAUGGACCGAGACUGUCGACAGGAUUCGGCCCAGCAGAAGCAGAAAAUCUUCACCAACAAAUGCUUCCAAGCGGGCUGCAGAAAGAAAGAGAUGAUGCGGCUGGUUUGUGACCAGUGUCACCAGAACUUCUGUCUUCAUCACCGACAUCCUUUGGACCACCAGUGCCCAGGACGGAUUUGGCCUGUCUCCAAAGCUGGGUGUGCGGCUAUAAUGAGGUCCCUGCAAUCCAAGAACAAUGCUCCCAACUGUCGGCUCCUACAAAAUGGAUGCAAAGCAAAAAGUUGAUGUAUACCACAGGUUUCAAACUCAGUUGUGUCAGGUGACAUAUCACGAUGUUUUAUGCGUUUGCAGAGCUGGGAUGGGCGUGGCCUGCAUCCGGCCCACGGCCCCCUCCAGUUUGACAGGCCUGAUGUCUACAGUUGGGAUCGAAAUCUAUCUGAAGUCUGUGGAUAACUGUCCAUCUUUAGCUCUUAAAAAUUAACUGUACUCUUUUGCACAUUUUCUGAUUAAACGAUUUCCUCAUA